AUGCCCUCCGCUUUGAGUAGCCAGUCGAGCGGCAAGCUUGACCCGGCGCAAGAAGACACAGACCAAGCUAUCAAGACAGACGAGGAUCAACAAGGGAACUUGUUCCACCAAGUUUCAGAAUGGCUGCAGCAUGAGAAGGUCAGGCGGAGCACACGCAAGGCACGACGAGGAGAGGGAGUUUCCAACCCCUCAGAUGGUGCUGCUGAGACUGCGGAGCGGUCUUCGGGAGAGCAACAUCGCAGCUCAGAGAGUACCUUUUCACUGGACAGACUGGAGAACAUUCUCCUCCAAUACGCGAAUGUCGGACAUAGUGCUGUCUCUCGACAGACUGCGAAGCGGGUCUCUCGUCGCCGCCCGAAAGGUCUCCGCCGAGGCUCCGCCUCUGAAUCCGAGUAUACUGAUCUUGAAGCCCCUGUGCCAGGCGUAGAUGCCUCGCUCGAUAACUCCAAGACCCUUGCCUAUAGCGGUGGUGCAGGAGAGGAGGAAGUCGCCGAUAGUAACUCUUCAUCGAAGGGCGCCAAGGGUCGUGAGGCCUGGGUCACCUUUAAGACUGAAAUUGUGCGCCUGGCGCAUACACUACAACUGCGAGGUUGGCGCAAAGUUUCAAUGGAGAAUGCCGGGGAUAUCGAAGUCGUUCGUCUCAGUGGAGCUAUGACGAACGCUAUCUAUGUGGUUGGACCACCCAAGAAUCAGCCUCCUCUUACGUCCAGUAGUAGCUCGUCUAUCGUCCCAAGAAGACCCCCACCAAAGCUUCUGCUUCGCAUCUACGGUCCCCAGGUCGAUCAUUUGAUUGAUCGAGAGAAGGAGCUGCAAAUCCUACGUCGCCUUGGCCGAAAGAACAUCGGCCCCCGUGUACUUGGAACCUUCCGCAAUGGACGGUUUGAAGAGUAUUUCGAGGCUCGCCCCCUGACGGCGAAGGAGCUGCGUAUCCCAGAUACGGCCAAGCAAAUUGCCAAGCGAAUGCGCGAAUUGCACGAUGGUAUUGAACUUCUCGAGGAGGAGCGCGAAGGAGGGCCAGUGGUCUUCAAGAACUGGGACAAGUGGGUGGACCGGUGUGAGAAAGUUACAACUUGGCUGGAUAAAGAACUAGAUUCCCCGCAAAACCAGACAAAGGCUGCCCUGGAACCGUGGCGCUUACGCGGCUAUGUUUGCGGUGUGCCAUGGGCAGUUUUCCGCAAGGCUGUGGAAAAUUACCGGGUUUGGUUGCUAGCUAGCUGUGGUGGGUUGAGUGAGAUUAAGCGGCAGUUAAUAUUCGCUCAUAACGACCCGGCUACACAGUCACCUCUUCUGCUCCCUGCCAACGAACACAAGCAGCUCGUCGUCAUUGAUUUUGAAUAUUCUUCAGCUAACACUCCCGGGUUUGAGUUUGCCAACCACUUUUGGUGCUACAACUACCACGAUGAAUGCCGGCCAUGGGCCUGUAAUACUCGCUACUACCCUAAGCCAGAGGACCAGUAUCGAUUCGUGUCGACCUAUCUGACCCAUCGCCCACAAGUCGGCAACGGAGUUACUUCACCACAAGCAACUCCUACCAUGCGCGCUCGUAAUGCAACUUCUAUCACUCCCUUGAGCCUUGAUGACUGCCCUGAGUCUAGCUUGCAACAGGCCCAGGCCGAACGGUCAAACGAAGAGGCGCUCGACGCCGAGAUCAAGUUCCUCAUGCACCAGACUCGGAUGUGGCGCGUAAUCAACUCGGCACAGUGGGUGGCCUGGGGUAUCGUGCAGGCCAAGACACCUGGCAUGGUGGAAGAGCAGGAGGAGGGCGUCAAGACUCCCACUGUUGAGGGAGAAGCUGCAGAGGAAGAAGAGGAAUUUGACUAUUUGGCUUAUUCCCAGGACAGAGCCUUGUUCUUCUGGUCUGACUUAUUGGCGAUGAAUCUGGUGAAGGAAGAUGACCUACCACCCGCUAUGGUGGAGCAUAUUAAAGCUCGAGCAGUUGAUUAUUGA